AUGUCGAAGCUCUUCACCCCUAUCAAGGUGGGCCGCAUCGAGCUCGCCCACCGCAUAGCCAUGGCCCCUAUGACCCGAUUCAGGGCCGACGAUAACCAUGUGCCGUUGCCCACCGUCAAGGAGUACUAUGCCCAGAGAACAGCCGUUCCUGGCUCCCUGGCCAUUACAGAAGCCACCUUCAUCUCCCAGAAGGCCGGUGGCUACGCCAACGUCCCCGGAAUCUACAACCAAGAACAAAUAGACGCCUGGAAAGCCGUCACUAAUGCCGUCCAUGAGCAGGGCUCAUUCAUCUAUCUCCAGCUGUGGGCGCUGGGACGGACUGCCAACGCAAAGGUUCUCAAGGAAGAGAGCAAUUCGGAUCUAGUUUCCGCCAGCGAUAUUCCCCAAAAGGAAGACGGCGAUAAGCCACGGCCUCUCACGGAGAACGAGAUCCUCGAGUACAUCCAAGACUACGUACAGGCAGCUAAGAACGCCAUUGCUGCCGGCUUCGACGGUGUGGAGAUCCACUCUGCCAACGGCUACCUGCUCGAGCAAUUCAUCCAGGAGCUCUCCAACAGGCGGACAGAUGCAUGGGGCGGAAGCAUCGAGAAGCGCGCCCGUUUCACCCUCGAGGUAACGAAGGCUGUCGUUGCAGCCAUCGGAGCAGACCGCACCGCGAUCCGCUUCAGUCCAUUUGGAGAAGCCCUGGGUGGCGGUGUCAUUGAUUACGAUGUGAUCCCCCAGUAUGUGUAUCUCGCAGAGCAGCUGAAGCCCCUCAACCUGGCAUACGUCCACUACGUCGAGUCACGCGAAGAGGGCAAAGACCUGCUUCCCAUCAUCAAAGCCUACAGCAACGCCAGCCCCGUCAUUGUCGCCGGAGGCUACGAGCCCGAGACCAGCAAGAAGGCCGUUGACGAAAGGUACAAGGACUACGAUGUCAUCAUUGGCAUCGGCCGCCCUUACACAUCCAACCCGGAUCUGCCCUUCCGCUACAAGCAGGGCAUCGCUCUGACACCGUUCCAGCGUGAAACCUUCUUCACGCCCAAGCUGGAUAAGGGCUUCCAUGAUUUCCCGUUCAGCGAGCAGUUCACGCUACUAAAGGCGAAGGCUUAG